AUGGAGUCGGCCGAUCAGUACCGACAGUGGCUGCAAUCUCUCAAAUCUUUGCCCGAACCCGAAGCCUCGGAGACACUGCGCCAGGCGCUACUCAAGGGUACAAGAUCUGGCGGUCUUACAUUCACAAGAGCAGGUAUCUUCCACUACUUCGACCACGUACACCAUUUCUUCGGCUGCCCAGAAGACGAUCCAUGCGACAACGACAGACAGAAGGAACCGUUAUGCUGGGAGAAAGCUAUUAUGGCCCCGGUGGAGCACAUCGUCAAUGCAGAGUGCGAUGCUGUGGUGGUUAACCUUAUCAUUUGGACAACUCUGUGUUCCAUCAUCAUCAAAUUCGAAGGUGAGAUUCGUGUGCGUUGGCUCAAGAAGUCUAAGGCGCAGCGGAAAGCGAUCCUCGAGAAGGCUUGGCCAACACAGCUACCAAAGAAUCAUCGCCCCGAUAUUGACAGGUCCGUUCUCAAUGCGUGCCCGCACCAGAGGCAUUCGCAUGGGCUGGCGCAGUACGCCUUCCCCUAUCUCAACCUCGAGGACCUCACCAAGCCGAACCCACUGCUCAUCCUUCUCAACGCACGUGGCCGACAUGCAAUGUGGAAAUUUGCCUUUCUAGAUUACGAGUUGGCCCCUCUGAUACACCUACGGCCAGCGCUUCUUGAGAAGACAAAGUUUACUAUGGGGCUCAACAACCUCGGAUACGGCCAGAUCUACGAGUGGAAUACGGAAGCAGAGGCCGCUGAAUCGAUGGGUAGAGGAGAUACCAUACAUCCUCUACCUGGCUCACACAUUGUGUGGAUGCAGACGGCCAUACUUGAGUUCCUUCUGCUGUGUGUUGGCGAAAUCUUGGCGGAUAACACUAUGGUACAAUCAGCUAUCAUGAAGCGAUCGUGCGAAGAGUUAUAUGGGCUGUACAAAGAUGCUGCAAAUCCGUCCGAGCCUCCAGCUUUGACUUGCAGCGAUCAGGACUUCACCUCGCUCAACGCCAUCGUACGAGAAGCAUGUUAUCGGGUGCCUACAUUAGCGGAUCUCGGCCGACUUGAAGCACUGGUAUCUGCAUGCCAAAACGCGGCUGAAGAUCACAUUUGGCUGCUCCGAGAGGAUCCGGGAUACUUUCGAGAGUUUACACUUGAAUACAAAGAACAUCGGCCGGAGCUACUGCCAGGUAUUCGUUGCAAACAAACACAUAAGAGUGCGCGCGACGAAGUUCUUUGGCCUCGUGUAUUACAUGGUGUGGCCACCGACUGCUACAUUGACCUGUUCAUGUGGAACGAACUGCGACAACAUAUGUCCGAGCUCAACCGCUUCAGGUUGCUAUACAAACACGAGCUUGGAUUUGAGAAUCUUGGUAGCAAUGAAGAGCUCCCAGAAGACUUCUCAGAGUCACUUGUUGAAGCUUGGUCUUUUCUGGAAUUCUUCCAAUUGGAAAUCAUACAAGAGCUGAGGGUAGCCUGGUCAUCCUCUUUGGAAAUUCGCGCUUAUUUCUCCCAAGAAUGCGAUCACAGUGUUGAAGAUAUGGUGGUGGGCAUCAAAUUCACCGGCAAAGGUAGUCGCAAACGAGACAAAGAACUGGAGCGUGUUUUCACUCUUUUCAAGUAUCUUUGGGAGCCGCCUGUCCGACAGUCGUUAAAGGUGCACACUCUGGUGGAGACACUGGACAAUCUAUUGCAAAACAAUGAGCGAGCGAGAAACUUGACCUCCCCGUCCGCAGCCUCACUCCUUUCCAAGCUGUCCAUAGUCUCGGAAUGUCUUCGUCAACUCAGUUUCUUCCUACCAUGGGUAAAGCGAGUUCAGUACUUAGCCAAACAGCGACAGACGGAGCUCAUAACAGCCUAUGCUAUCAACCUCGCUAGGUGGCACUCAACGUUGAAUACAACCUUCGAGGGAACCAACCUCGCUGAUCUCGGAAAGCCGGGCGCAAAAUUCCGCUAUCUAAUCAACAAGCGCCGAAGCAGGGUGAACGUCGAAAAUCUCAGGAGUGCGGAGGCGGCCCUGGACGCGUUCUGGCACGCUGCAGAUGGUCGAUUCAGAGAAUGUACCGGUACUACGCCUCGCGAAAUAGUCUCCGGUCUUAUCAAGGAGCGUACUCUACAGCGCACGCCGCUUUGGAUCGAGCCCGAGGAGGCUUCCGACCCCUCUUCGGCAAUUGAAUACAUAUACGUUCCAGUCUCCAAUGACCUUCACGACCCUACAAAGCAGAUCACCGGCGCAUUUGACAAGAUCAACCUGAGCAAUACCAAGAAAGCAAAGUCACACGGUCUGGCAGCCCUCAACACCGAACAUGGUUACGAGAACAACCCCGACAUGCCAGCUGCUCCUACCAACAUGGACGAGCAACCGACCUUCCAUCUCGAUAAGCGCGCACACAAAGUCUUCAGGGUCCUGUUCCAUUCACCACUUUCGCGCGACCAUCCUGGUGAUAUUCCCUGGCAUGACUUCCUAUACGCCAUGAUAGCUACUGGAUUCGCCGCGCAGAAGCUGCAAGGCUCCGCCUGGCAGUUCACCCCGCGAGACCUAGAUUUAGAGCAGCCCAUCCAGUUCCAUGAGCCUCACCCGACACACAAGCUGCCUUUCACAUGGGCUCGACGCUUCGGUCGGCGUCUUGCGAGGACGUACGGCUGGAGAGGUGAUAUGUUUCAGCUCGCUUGA